AUGGAGCGUGAUCAAAAUAUCGCCAAGCUCUUGGCAAUUUCGCCAGAAACUCUAGCUGACGAUCUGAUAUGGUACUUGGAAGGCUUUGACGCGGCUUCUUCUUUGACAGAUAUAGAACCAUGGCGCAACAAGCUUGUGAAGCAAUACUUCGAGAAUCCAGAGGAGGAGCAAAGGCAAGAAUCGGUUACAGAUACAGCAGUGGAUGAUGGUCAGAAAGAGUCGGAUGCUGAGAUGGACAUGGGUGUUAUACUGCGACUCAAGGAGAUUGUCAAGCGUGUUGAAGAUGCGAAACAACGUUGGCAGGAUAACAUGAUGGAAACAUUCAUGCGCCAUGAGCAGGAGAUAUGUGAAUUCUCAACAGACAUGAACUACUGUGACUCUACCCUCAAAUUAAUCGAGGAAGCGCUUAUGAAACAUUAUAAAAGUUUGGAAGCGGCCUCUACAGAUAUUAAAAAUCUCCACACGGAGUCUGCUGAAUUGUCUGCAUGUCUAGAUAACAGGCAGACAUUUGUGAAGGCACUAAAGUCAUUCCUUGAUGAUAUCGCAAUACCUCCACCACUCAUCAAGGCUAUAUGUAAUGGCCCUAUAGGAGAGGGUUAUGUUAAAUCUGUGGAACAGUUCCAGCAAAAGGUACACAAAAUGAAGACACAAUAUGAUAAUGCCCCUUACCCUGCGCUGCAGCCAACAAAAAUACAGCUGAAGAAAUUGGAACUUGUCAUAGUUGGCCGCAUAUAUGAUUACAUGAGAGUAGAAAUUGCUAAAUUAGCAACGCCAAAGGCCAAUAUACAAAUGAUACAGAAUACCCAUUUCAUGAAAUUAAGGCCACUUAUCGCAUUUGUUAAAGAGACUAACGCAAACUAUGCUGCCGAAAUCCAAAAUCAAUAUGCAAAGACGCUUAGAAAGAUAUAUUAUCACCUAUUUUCGAGCUACUAUACAGCUCUAGAGCAGUGUUGUACAAAAAAUCGAUACAAGGAUAUCGGCGUGCUAACUAAACGUUCUGGGAAAACACCUGGUGGAUAUUUCCUUUUAGAUGACAGGGAUAGAUUGGUGUUAACUUUCAGGGAUGACCCUAUGGUACCUACUGGAAUACAGCCUGAUAGCCUCAGUGUUGAAGUAAUAUUCAAGUCGUUCCUCAAACUAUUGGUUGACACUGCUUCAAGUGAAUAUAUCUUUAUCAGUCAAUUCUUUGAGCAAGGUCCUACAGCUAUGUUUACGCAUAUUUUUGAGGACACUAUAAUGUUUGUUCGUUCUCGUAUUGAGGUGCUCUUGAAGACGUCAUUUGAUGUGGUAAUGCUCACAACACUCACACUUCUUUUUGCUGCCAAUAGGCAGGUUAUGUUAGAUCGUGGUAUUACCGCUCUCGACGUUGCUUUGGGUAGAAUUCAAACGGAUAUAUAUUCACGUGCUAUGCAUCAUAUUCAGAAUAUGGCUAAAUAUGUCAUGUCAUAUACACUCCAGGCAUCGUCUAGUACAUUGGAAUCGUGGCUUCCAGGGGUACACGCAAUUAACCUGUCAAAUCUUGUGCACUCUAUACUACGGCUAAAGGCGACUCAAGAAUCAUUGGGAAUCACGCCAAUCUCAUUCGAUCCUUUGGACCAUCUCAUUCAGGUUGCUCUAGCUGCCUUGACCCUGAGGGGUAGGGAGCUGAAUAAUCCUAUAAAGAUGAACGUCUUUGUCAUUGCCAACUGUUCGGCGUUUCUGAAGACUCUAGACCAAUUCAGUAAUAGCGUUGCGGACUUUGAGUACACUAGAGACAAGCAUGUAAAGGCCUAUGCAAAUGCUUAUGUGCGUAUCCAUUUCAAAGGUAUCAUAGAACUUGCCAAUGUGAUCACUGACGAGGACACUGCGCUUACUCAACUAAGUGGAGAGGGUCAAGAAAAGGCAUCAUCGUCUAGCCAACAGUCGGCUGAAAUGCACGACGGCAGUCUUUCUAGAUGGCGCACGGCUGCUGAUGAGUUUGUAAACAGUGCGCGUGACAAAUUCCAUGCUAUACAAUCUAAGGUGCAACUGCAUUUCGUACAAGAUCAUGCAUACCAAUUGGUUACAGAUGCGGUAUUACAGACUAUCGAGUAUAUAUACGCUGCUUUUCACCAAAACGCGGAACGUAGAGCCAAACAUCAGCGACUGGAAUGGUUUGACAAGUUACCUGAUAGAACCAAGCUGCGUCCGUGGUUGUUGAACAGCCAAACAUGA